GUGGAUCGGCAGAAGAUUCUCAACUGGGUGCAUUCCCUGAAGGUCCUGGACCCUGAACUGCUCCAGGCGAAGAAGAUUGGUGGUAUCCCUGUAACUCGUUCUACCGCCACUCCCCCUCCAAUCGCCGAAGCCACUGCUUCCAUCUCAACGUUAUCCGUGCAAGCUGGUGCUGACGUGGCUUCAGGAGACAGCGGCAGCGGCGGCGCCAGCAUGGCACACAAUGCUGUUGCUUUGUGUGAAGCAACACGGGAACGAGAAACCUCAGCAUUGUGUGCCAGCAGCAGCUAUGGUCCUUUGGGCCUUGGUGCAGACGUGCUAGGGUUUCGAGGCUCACCUUCCAUUGGUGUGGAGUACAGCACUCGAGGGGCGCCCAAGCAGUCGCCCUACGACUGCAGCCACAUCGCGAUGACCUACACUGCCCUCGCCAUCCUCGCCACCCUAAAUGAUGAGCCUGUUCCCAGUCUUCCUGUCAGCGGUGACGUUUGCAAUGCCGGUUCCAGUGGUGGCUCCAACGCCAGUUGCACUGCUGAUUGCAGUGUCAGCUGCAAGGAAAAUUCAGUGGUAGGGUGCUGUGAGGGGGAAAGGGCAGGGUGUGCAGGCGAGGAGGCGAAAGAGAGGGGCAGCGAGGGGCCGGGUGCGAGGUGUGGGGAUGGGGUGGAUGCAGCAGUGUGUGGGACAGCAGGGGAGCGGGGGGGCAUGGCAGGGGAGGUGCGAGGCAUGGCAAAGUCGCUGCUAGAGCUGCAGCUGCAAGACGGGAGUUUCAUGCCUGUUGCUUGCGGGAGCGAGUCCGAUAUGCGCUUCGUCUUCUGCGCUGGUGAGGGGUGGUUAGGGGUGCUGGGGGGUGGUGAGGGGCGGCGAAGGUGUGGACGUAUCACGUAA